GCAAGAGACCUUCCGAGAUCCUCUCUGCCUGGGUGGAGGCCCAGCUUUUGGAGGGUGCCACGGUGGUGGCCGUGGCCGUGGAGGAUGUCGUCCUCGGUGCUGUGGCCCUGCGCGAUGCCGUGGCUCCAGGCGCGCGGAUGUGUGUUGCGCACUUGGAGAUGUCGGGAGUGGAGGUCUGGAUGUGCACUGGAGAUCACCGGAAGUCCGCCGAGGUUGUGGCCCGGGAGUGCGGCAUCCAGCAGUCACGGGUGGUUGCGCAGGCAUUGCCAGCAGACAAAGUCCGGGUCGUGAAGUACUUGCAGGGCUGCGACACUGACCUUCCAGGCAAGCAAGCCUCGCCUCAGCGAAGUGUGGCCACGGUGGCCAUGGUUGGGGAUGGCAUCAACGAUGCUCCGGCCCUGGCUGCAGCUGACCUGGGUGUCGCCAUCGGCGCCGGGCAGAAUGUGACGGUGGAUGCGGCGGACAUUGUGCUGGUGCGCAGCGAGCUCUCCGACCUGCUGUCUUUCCUGGCACUCUCCAAGGAGACGCUCAACACCAUUUGGUUCAACUUCAUGUGGGCCUUCCUAUUCAACAUCUGUGCCCUUCCCGUGGCUUCCGGGAUCUUCUGGCGCCAGCAUGUGGUCAUGACUCCGCAGAUCGCCUGCGUCCUCAUGUUGGGCUCAUCGCUUUUUGUCGUUCUGAGCUCCCUGCUUCUAAAGCGCUUCUCGCCUCCGGCGCUCUCUGACAUAGCACUUCCCUAG